UGCAGUGACACCCACCGUUCAACGAAGGGGCCACGAACCCGAGCGCCGGAGGCAGCAGAGCAGCUCAGACAGACAAAGAGACGGCGACAUGAGGACGCACACGCUUCUGUCCAUCACCCUGCUGGGCCUGCUGCUGUGGGCCUCCUGCAGCCGGGCCCAGGACUCAGAGGAGGGCAGUGACGGACCGGCAGAAGCACCAGAGGACACGCAGACAGAAGAGGAGGCCUCCGUGGAGACGGCGGAGGAGGAGGAGAAGGAGGAGGAGGAGGCACCACCACCGAAGAAAGAGAAAACAACGGAGAUAGAGGAGGAGAAAGAUGUGAUGGUUCUGCACAUCAACAACUUUGCCAGAGCUCUGAGCGAGAACCAGUACAUGCUGGUGGAAUUCUAUGCUCCCUGGUGUGGUCACUGUAAGCGUCUGGAGCCCCUGUACGAAGAGGCUGCUGGGAAGCUGAAGGAGGAGGGACCAGCGAUGCGUUUGGCCAAAGUGGACGCCACGGAGGAGAAGGAGCUGGCCGAGGAGUUCGACAUCGGAGGUUUCCCCUCUCUGAAACUGUUCGUCCACGGCGACCGCAAGCAGCCUGUAGACUACACUGGCAAGAGAACAGCCGAGGGAAUCAUCCAGUGGAUGAAGCGUCGCGCAGGCCCCGGUGCUGCGGUGCUCGACUCUGCAGAGUCUGCAGCUCAGCACAUCGAGGCCCAUCACAUCACCGUCGUUGGAUUCUUCGAUAAUCUGGACGGCGAGGAGGCCAAGGUGUUCAGGGAACUCUCCUUGGAUGUGACGGACACAGAGUUCGCCCUGACAGCGACGCCCGAGGUUUUCCAGAAGUAUGACGUGAAAGACAACUCAGUGGUGCUCUUCAAAAAGUUCGAUGACGGCAGAGCAGACUUCAAAUUGUCAGAAGAAGGCACGCUGGACAAAAGUAAUCUGACCAACUUCAUCAAGGAAAACAGCCUGGAGCUGAUCAUCCCGUUCAAACAGGAGACUGCAGAUAAGAUCUUCAGCUCUAGCAUCCUCCUGCACAGUCUGCUGUUCAUCAACUCCACAGUGAAGAGUCAGACGGCCCUGGUGGAAGAGACCAGGGCGGUUGCCAAAGAGUUCAAGGGCAAGAUGCUGUUCGUGGUGAUUGACGUGACGGAAGCCAUGUCUCACGUGCUGACGUACUUUGGCGUGUCCGAGGGCGACGCCCCCACGGCACGCGUCAUCAACAUGGAGACGGGGAACAAGUUCACCAUCGCCACCAGUGAUCUCAACGCAAACUCACUGCGACAGCUGUGCCAGGAGGUUGUGGACGGCUCUGCCAAGCCUUACUAUCGGACGGAGGAGAUCCCGGACGACUGGAAUAAAGGACCAGUCAAAGUCCUGGUGGGGAAGAACUUUGAGUCUGUGGCUCUGGAUCCGACCAAAAACGUCUUCGUGGAGUUUUAUGCUCCAUGGUGUGGACACUGCAAGGAGCUGACUCCCAUCUGGGAGCAGCUGGGCGAAAAGUACGCUGACCACGACGACAUCAUCAUCGCCAAGAUGGAUGCCACAGCCAACGAGGUCGAGUCUCUCACAAUUAAAGGAUUCCCCACGCUCAAGUAUUUCCCAGCCGGUGGCAAAGAGGUGAUCGAAUACACUGCGAACAGGGAUCUGGAGACGUUUUCUAAAUUCCUGGAUGAAGGAGGAGUGUUACCUGAGGAGAAAAGUCAUGAGGAUGAUGAUAAGGAUGAUGAUGAGGAUGAUGAUGAUGACGAUGAUGAGGAUGAUGAGGAAGUUGACGAUGCUAAGAAGAGCGAGGAUGCCAGUGAUGACAGCAAGGCCGACGAUGAUUCUGCAGAGGUGCCGACCAACACAACGUCUAAAGAUGAGCUUUGAUGUCAGCUUCCAUUUUUCUUAAUAAAAUGAGUUUGGGUUAAAAAA